AUAUGAUUAGAGAUAUCUACGUAGGUCGAGGCUAAUGAGGGGCCCAGAAAUGUGCUGGAUUUGGGAGCAUUUGUCGGAGAGUUGACUGAUGAAGACAAUGCGGCCAGUGAUGAUUUCUCACUUGAAGGACUAGAGCAGGAGCUUCAAGACUGUAAAACUGAUGAUGCGGUUGCUAUGAUACUGUCGAAAGGUUCAUCAUUGCGGGACUACACCAGGGAUGUCGAGAACAAUCUAAGGCAGAUCGAACUCGAGUCUAUUGAGGACUAUAUUAAAGAAAGUGACAAUCUAGUCUCACUUCAUGAUCAAAUUUAUGAUUGUGACACCAUCCUUUCGCAAAUGGAAAAGCUCCUUAGUGAAUUUCAGGCAGAGAUAGGUUCAAUUAGUUCUGACAUAAAGAUUCUUCAAGAGAAGUCUUUGUAUAUGGGGCUCAAGCUGAAGAAUCGAAAGGUUGCAGAAUCAAAAUUGGCUAAAUUUGUUGAGGAAAUAAUUGUUCCACCAAGGAUGAUAGACAUUAUAGUUGACGGAGAGGUGAAUGAGGAGUAUAUGAGAACCCUUGAGAUUCUUAGUAAAAAGCUGAAGUUUGUUGGAAUUGAUACCAUGGUGAAAACAUCCAAAGCUUUAAAUGAUGUUCAACCUGAACUAGAAAAGCUUCGUCAAAAAGCAGUUUCAAAGGUGUUUGACUUCAUGGUUCAGAAACUAAAUGCUUUGAGGAAACCCAAGACAAACGUUCAGAUUCUUCAGCAAAGUGUUCUUAUAAAAUACAAAUAUGUGAUUUUGUUUCUAAAGGAGCAUGGGAAGGAGGUGUAUCAUGACGUUCGUGCUGCAUAUAUUGACACCAUGAAUAAGGUCUUAAGUACAAACAUCCGAGCUUAUAUUCAAGCCUUAGAGAAGUUGCAAUUAGAUAUAGCAACAUCCAAUGAUUUGAUUGGUAUUGACACAAGAAGCACCAGUCUUUUUUUGAGAGGAAGGGAACCAUUGAAAAAUCGGUCUGCUGUUUCCGCCUUAGGAGAAAGGAUAAAUAUUCUCAAGGAAAUUGAUGAAUCUGCUUUGAUUCCACAUAUAGCUGAAGCCAGUUCUAAAAAGUAUCCUUAUGAAGUCCUUUUUAGGAGCUUGCAGAAGUUGCUAAUGGAUACUGCUACUUCUGAAUAUCUAUUCUGCGAUGAAUUCUUUGGAGAAGAAUCAAUGUUUUAUGACAUAUUUGCAGGUACAUUCUUAGUAAUUGACGAACACAUGAAUACAAUUCUCCCUAACUGUUUUGAUGCGAUUGGUCUGAUGCUCAUGAUUCGUAUUAUAUACCAGCACCAGCUUAUAAUGUCUCGGAGGCGAAUACCAUGCCUUGAUUCAUACUUGGAUAAGGAAGCUGGUCCUGAUGGUGGAAAAAUUCAAAUGCACUUUGAAGAGUUUCUGAAGAGCAAUACGGCCAUUUAUGUGGAGGAACUACUUGCAGAACACUUCCAUGACCUAAUCAAGUUUGUAAAGACAAGAGCUUCUGAGGACCCAAGUUCUGGGUCAGAGCGGCCAAUAACUGUGAGUGAAGUUGAAAGUAUCGUGAAGGACUUCGGCAGCAGAUGGAAAGCUGCAAUAGAGUUGAUGCAUAAUGAUGUCAUUACUUCCUAUAGCAACUUUUUGUGCGGUAUGGAAAUUCUGAGAGCUGCUUUGACUCAAUUGCUGCUUUACUACACCAGGCUUUCAGAUUGCAUGAAGAAAAUUGCUGGUGGGUCUGCAUUGAACAAGGAUUUGGUUUCCAUAUCUUCAAUAAUGUAUGAAAUUAGGAAAUACUCGAGAACAUUUUAAUGUUUCACUUCAUUUAUCUUGAGAUGCUCGUUUCUGUUAACUUGUAAGCUGUUGUUUGUGCACUAUACUUGUAAAGAGCUUAAUAGUCUUGUGUAUAGGAUGCCCAUGCGUUGUCUGUCAUUUUUAUUUUUUUCCUCAUUUGUAUAGGUUUUAAUAUAGAUUAAUGAAAGAUUUCACAAUGUAGUCUUUUU